AUGGGUUUCUGCAACUGCGAAGUGCGAAAAAAAGGUCCUUUAGCUUUUGAUGUGGCAGGUUUUGAUGGAAGCUUACCAUCUAUUCUACGAAAUCCAUAUUCAUGGACCAAGGUUGCCAAUAUUAUAUUCAUAGAUUGGCCUGUUGGUACUGGAUUUUCAUAUGCAAGCACUUCACAAGGUUAUUCUACCUCAGACUCCAAAUCUUCAAAAGAUAAUUACACAUUUCUCAGGAAGUGGUUAUUGAAUCACCCAAUUUUUAUCAAAAAUCGUCUAUAUGUUGCGGGUGAAUCUUAUGGAGGCAAACUUGUUCCCAUGAUUGUGAUGGAAAUAUUACGAGGAAAUGAAGAAGGACUUGAGCCACGAAUGUCCUUCCAAGGAUACAUCAUCGGCAAUGGACUAACGGAUCCAAACAUUGAUUAUAAUGAACGAAUUCCAUAUGCUCACCGCAAGGCACUUAUAUCAGAUGAAUAUUUUGAGUUAGCGAAAGUUAGUUGUGAUGGAAAGUAUUACAAUCCUGAUCCAAAUAAUUUGCGAUGUAUUUAUGCCCUUCAAUCUAUCCAAGAGCCUCAAAAUUAUCUAACAUCUUAUGUUUGGGCAAAUGAUCCGACCGUCCAAGAAGCUCUUCAUACUAGAAAGGGAACGAUAACAGACUGGACGAGAUGCAACCACAGCUUAUCCUAUGAAGAGGAUGUGGAAAGUGUUCUUCAAUAUUAUAAAAUUUUCAGCAAGAAAGCGUUCGAAGUUUUAAUAUAUAACGGAGAUCAUGACAUGGUUGCACCAUAUAUGGGUCCUUUAAAAUGGAUUCGUAGUCUCAAUAUGACUGUUUUUGAAGAUUGGAGACCAUGGAAUGUUGAUGGCCAAGUUGCAGGAUACACAGAGAAGUACAAGAAGAAUGAAUUCUUUCUAACAUUUGUUACAGUGAAGGCAAGAAAAGUUUGA